AUGUUACCAGUGAAAUUAAGAUUUGCACAACGGGUAUUCGUGCCGUUCGCGAAGUGCAUGGUUGAGGGACACCGAGGGAUUACGGGUGAUUGCUGUCGGCAACGGCUUGGAUGGUGCUUGCGGUAUGACGGUUUGGUAUACGUGGUAAGAUUACAAGCGCACGCUGCACGGCUGUUUGCAUCUAUCCUUAACUGUGCCGCAACAAAUAGUUUGUGA